UUUGGUAUUCACCCAGUGGCUGGCCGUAUGCCUGGUCAGCUGAAUGUACUCCUAGCAGAGGCUGGUGUUCCCUAUGAUAUUGUACUGGAAAUGGAUGAGAUCAACGAAGACUUCCCAGAAACGGACUUGGUCCUUGUAAUUGGUGCAAAUGAUACAGUUAAUUCAGCAGCUCAGGAAGAUCCAAACUCUAUUAUAGCUGGAAUGCCAGUUCUUGAGGUCUGGAAGUCCAAACAGGUCAUUGUAAUGAAGAGAUCUUUGGGAGUUGGUUAUGCAGCGGUGGACAAUCCAAUCUUCUACAAACCCAAUACUGCCAUGUUGUUGGGAGAUGCUAAGAAGACUUGCGAUGCCCUGCAGGCCAAAGUCAGGGAAUCGUAUCAAAGCUAAAUACUGAUUUAUAUUCCAUUCAUGAUUGCAACUACGGUUUGUCACAGAGGCCAUGGAAAACAAGAGUUAGAAGAAUCUCUUACUGCCAUAAUGUAGCCAGCAUUUGGAGAAGACUGCAUUGACUUUUAGGAGAGGUAGUUCAGUCAGGGAAUGUAGGCUUUUAUGAAAGGAUGGGCACAUUAGCCCUUUAAACUAAACCUCCCAUGAGGCAAUGCAUUAAAGAAAGAAAAUGGGCUUUUUAAGGUUAACAUUGAGCUGUUAGAAGCAGGAGCUAAUAACUCGUGGUCAUCUUUAAGUAGUUAUUGCUUUCCUCCUCCUAAC